AUGUUGUCUGUCUGCUUCCUUCUCUGCCUUUCCCAGGAAAUUGAGAGCAGCCCGGAAUGCCACCACCGCCGGCUGACCGAUUUCCUGGGUUGCGAGCUGCAGCGCCUGGCCAGUUACCCUCUGCUGCUGAAUAAGAUCAUUCAGCACACCAAUGAGUCCACCUAUGAGCACCAGUGCCUUUGCCUGGCCCGUGAUGAGGUCAAGGGGAUCCUGGAGGGCGUCCAGGAGGAGCUGCGGCAGGCAGAACAACACCGCCAGCUGCAAGCUUACCAGCAGCGCCUGGACGCCCGAGCUCUACGCAAGAGCAGCCACCCACUGGCCAGGGAGUUCCAGGUAGGGCCUCCUCUUCGCCCUCCCCUCCAAUCCCUGGCCUUGUCCUGCUCUUCCCCUCUGUUAAAUGCUGCCUUUUUCUGCCCCUCUGUGCAGAACCUUGACCUCACAGGACACGACUUGAUCCAGGAGGGGCGUCUGCAGCUGCGCGUCAGCAGCAAGAAGACUGUGGGUAAGUGGAAGAAACAACCUCUCCUGCCAAGACACACCCACGUGGCACAGGCCUCUCAGAGCGGAGGGGUCAGGGCUCUUCCUCUGUCAUUUAGACUCCCCUUUUCUAUUAAGGCAGGAAUCAAAGAGGGGAGGGCUUGUGGCUUCAUGGCAGAAAGACUCUGGAGUCUAAAAGCCCUGGAGAGCCACUGCUGCCAGCGAGAGGAGACAGGGCUGAGCUAGACAGACCAAGCAAAGGUCGUCAGGCAGCUUUCGAAAAGAUUAAGAGAACGAAGCAGUUUUAGAACACAAUCCCUAAAACAAAGUAGAGCCUUAGCUGUCAAAACA